AUUUCGUUUACGGUAACCGUUUACGUCGCAGUCGUCAUGACGUUUAAUAACCAUGGUAACGAGACGCCUAAGCCACGUUCAGUUUCUAAUUCAGUAUCCAAACUAAUAGGAAGUGUUGAUGAGACAGAGUGCAGGAAUGGAGAACAUGACGGCCAUUACCUCUUCCAGUGGGGAAAAGACAUCUGUAAUUGUGAGAAGAACAGAGUCCUGUGAUGCUCACAAGAUCACUGCACUGACCAGUCCAGCCACUGCUGCAGUUUUUGGCAGCGUCAAUGUGAUCCAUCUGCUGGAAAAGGCUAAUCUGGCGGUUACUAUAAGCACAGCAAGGAAUGAGGUCCUGGCCCAUGCUGCGUUCGUGGACCAUCCCAUUGGUGACCUGGUGGAUCAGGCUUCAUGGGAGCAGCUUCUUCAAACCCAUUUCAAUGCCGCAAAGUUCACACCUUUAAACACAAUUUUCCUGCAUCUCUUUGUGGCCCAGCCUGCUUUUUCUAUUUCCAGUGCUAAAGAGAUUAUCAGAACUGUGUUUAAUGCCAUCACAGAGCUGGAAUACAUCUGCCUCGUCACACCACACAGCAACAGCCUAGAGCCAGCUCUGAUGGACAUUUUCGAGCCCAUGCCCUGUGUUACACAUGAAUUCCAGUGUGGUGCAUUCGUGUGCCAUAGGCACAACUACAGUCCGAGACUGCAUGUGCGCAAAGCCAGGGCUGAAGAUCUCGUUGACCUCACAAACUUAAAGCAGACAAAGACUCUGGGUGACUGCUGGCCUGUGGUGGACACACUGGCUGAGAAAAUCGAGGCUGAAGAUGAAAUGAAUCACGUGGCUGUAUUUGAGAAUGAUGGCUUUGCCGUUGGCUUUAUCAUUGUCUCUGGUAAAUUUGACCUGCUGUUGCUGAACACGGAAUACGAGCUCGGGCCGUUUGAUGGACUGAAAAAGAAGAAAGCAGAAAAGCAAAGUGAGGAUUUGGACCAAUCACCGCAGACCGAGCCAACAGAUGACAUCAGUGAUCCUCAGAAACCAAGCACAGAGUCUGAGGUCAAGGAGACAGAGUACAUUAGAGCUCAUACUACAGACAACAGAGGAAACAGCACAGCCUCAGAAGCAGAAGAUAAUGCUUUCUUGAUCCAAAUACAGAUAGAAAAGAGGUUUGAAACGAGGGCCGUCGAUUGCUUGCCUUAUGUUUUUCAACUUUUCCCGGAGCGGGAUUUCUGCAUCAUACUGGUGCAUACGCUGGAUCCGGAUUCCCCUCUACUCCAGACCUUCGUCAGAGCUGUGCCACGUGACUACAGACACCGUGAUCUUUACGUCCUCCACGGCGCAGGCCUUCUCAGGACACUAGAGGUGCGUGGUGUGGUUUCUGAAGAUAAAUCUGCAAUUCAAGGGCUGGUUCCUCAGCACGAAGCCCUGAUGGAGGACCUGGAGCUAUUCUUUCAUCGAGACCCAGGAAUUCAGGCAUUUGUAGCACAGGUUGAAGGCCAGAUCAUCGGUGUAUUGGUUAUUAAAGACGAGCAGGACAUCGAGUACAUCCGAGCCAAUUAUGACAUAGAGAACUUUGUGUACUUCAGUCAGCAUCAGCGUGAGGAACACGGGCGGCUGUGCCAGUUUACCCUGAACCCUAUCUUCCAGCAUUAUGCCAAGCACUUCCUCAAGGAGGCAUUGCGCCUCGCUCACAAAUCAUGCCUGUACUACCGCAUCUACCCAUCUUACCACAAUGACAAGAGUGUCUGUGCCCAUUCCCUGACAGCAGUGCUGAGCUGUACGGUGCCAGUGCAUCCACGAUGCCAGAUCAUCUACCCGCUGGAGGAAUUGGGCGUCAAUGCACCUUCCAGUCUCAUCACCACAGAGCAGGUCCCCUAUGCACUGAAUCACAUUAACCGGAAGCUCACGAUGGAGAACAAAGUUAACAUCAAUGCCAAGAUUGUGGUGGUAGGAGCCUCGGACACGGGCUUGGCCUUUCUGGAAGCGCUAACAUUCUGCCCUCACCUGCAGUUCAACAACCUGACUCUCAUCUCUCCUCAUGGCUUACCUAAACACCUCAGCACUGACAACAUGAGCUUUCUAGCUACAAGUCAUUGCUACAGCAAGCGAGAUCAUGCUCAGCUCUCAUUGCACUCCUGGGUCAAUGUGAUAAAGGGCAAGAUGACAGCUAUAGACAGGAGAAUGACAUGUGUACAAGUCAACGGAGAUCACCGCGUUCCCUAUGAUCAUCUCAUCCUCUGCACUGGGCAGCAAUACCAGAUGCUUUGUCCUACUGGAGUAGACAUCACUACAUGGUCCUCCACCAGCUCUGUGCCAGAGCAACACAAAAGCAGAUAUACCGGUCACAUCCCCUCCAACCUCUUUACUCUGAAUGACCAGCAGGACUGCACUCAGGCCUACCACUGGCUUAUGGAGAACUUUGUCCAGCAAGAAGGUAACGCUGUGGUUUACGGGGACACCAUAGAUGUCUACACCUGUGUGGAGACACUCCUGAAUUUGGGGGUAACAGGAGCCCGCAUUCAUGUGGUCCAUCAGACUGCAGCUUCCAAAAGUUUCCAAAACCUGACCGUGUAUCAGGCAGUGAGGACGGCUCUGGAGAAAAAGGAUGUUUGGGUCCAUCAUAACUGCCUGCUGGCUCAGAUGAAUGAUGGACAGCACCUUGAGCCACUCACAUCUGUCUCAUUUACAACAGAUGGCCCGCCCCUCAGACUGGAAUGUGCGGUCUUCUUUAACUUCUCCUGUAAAGGUGUGGACUAUGAUUCGUUCAAAGCCAUAAACAGUUCCUAUCUAUUGUUCGAUGGUCGGCUGGUAAUCGACUCCACCUACCAUACAAACGACUGCAAAAUCCAUGCUGCUGGACCUUUAACAAAGUUAUCUCGUCGCUGCUAUGCUGAUCAGUGGUCCCACUCAUUCUUUAACUCCAAGGAGGUGGGCCAGGAGCUGGCAUCCAUGUUGCUGCACAUAUUCGACCCAACACUGGAUCCACCAGCCAAACCUGCACCAGAUGCUGAUCGACUCAUCCCCAUCUACAAGCAGCCUAAGAUAACAGGUGCAAAGCUACCAGGUGGAUACCAUUAUCUCCAUGUCACAAAACCUUCAGGCUACACCGACAUGUCUCCAUCACUCAGCGCUAAGGGCCGGAGCAUUCUGACAGGCAGUGUGGAGACAGGCAACUACUUCCAGCUGAGGUUCAGUCAACAUAACAUGGUGGAGAGCAUCACCUGUUUGUCCUUUAAUCCACUUCCUGUCUCCAACUAUCUCUGUCUGUAUGGCAAACACCAGCUGCUGCUCAACCGUCUGUAUGCGCGCUUUGACGAGGAACUGAUCCACGACUUCUACAGCUAUUUCAGAGAGAGUUGGUGCAUGGCUGUAUUCCACGACCGCUUUGCUGAUUUCCAACAGGAAGUUCAACAGAUCAUGACGGCCGAGCUCGGCAUUGACUCGAUGUCUGUCACAGAACUCUUGGAGAUGGUCAGUAGCAGCACACUGGAGCUCUCUGAAGAUCGACGUGGACAAACGGAAGCCCUGGCCAAAGUGAAGGAAAGUGUUUUGGAGUAUUUAAAGUUCAAUCAAUACCAUCUGCCCAUGUAUGCACAACCUGGACUGCUCUAACUUUAAUAAGGGCAUGUUUAAUUAUAGCACAAUAUUAGAAUAAACUGAUCAGCACAGCUUCCAUGUAAAAAAACGAAUCCGAUUUUCAUUAUUAUGUUAGAAAAUAUUGCAUUAAACUUUUAAUCUAAUAUGAAAAAUGAAAACGAUUCCUGCUGUUGAUUUAUUUAAAUCACUCAUGGAUCUGACACUUGGUAGUAGAUUACUAGAGUAAAUAGUGGCAUAAUUAUUUAAUAUAGACUAAUUAAUGAUGGAAAAACAAAAGUAAUUCCUAAUCAAAUGCAACUCUUUAGCUUUUAUUUGCUGAGAUGUUAAUUACAGUGGAAUUAUUUAAGGUAAGGCUGGAAAGCGCAGUGUGACUCCUCCACAUGACCACAAAAGACCAGGGUGGAUUUGCAGAGCUUUAGAGAGUCACUGCCAGCUGUAUGGUAAUGUGACGCAAAGCUCCAGUGCGUUCAACAUGAACACACACCCGCGCACACACACACGUCUGCAUCCAUAUGGGCCGUCAUGUCACACAUAAAAGCAAACGUGCAACUUCGAGGAGCUAAAGAGUGAGAAAACAUCACCAGAAUAACUAUUCACUAAUUACAGUAGCUCAUGGCAGAUAACUAAAUUACAGUUCAUGUUUUUAAAUGUCAGGUAGUUUAGUUAGCAUCACCUUCUAUGUUAACUUCAUCAUCUGAAACACAAACAGCGUCACAGCAAAUUCUGAUCAUAUACAGCAUGUAUAGUUUCUAUGAAAGUGCAUUCUGGCUGCAUUGAGAUAAGAAUGGAUUUUUGUCUCUGCUAAAAAUAUUUCCAAAUACUUUAAUGCUUAGAUACAUAAAUAUUUGUAUUUAAACUGUUUGCAAAGUUUAAAGAAGGAAGGAAGGAAGGAAGGAAGGAAGGAAGGAAGGAAGGAAGGAAGGAAGGAAGGAAGGAAGGAACAAAGG